AUGGACAACAAAAGAAAACAUACCACAUUGUUAUCGUAUUUUAAUAAAAAAGAAAAAUUACAAGUUAAAGAGAAUGAAAAGAGUGAUGAAAUACAUAUUGUUGAUUCUCUGGAUUCUCAUACCGUUACAGACAAUACUCCUGUUGACUGCAGUUCAGAAAAAUUUGAAUGUGGCUUGGCUAUGGUAAAACAAAAUGAUAUAGGCUUGUUUAUUAAUCGAAGCGGAAGCUUGUCUGAUGUUGAAAAACAUACAGUAUUAAAAAAUUUGUGGUCACCGACCAUAAAUUAUAAAUUUCCUAUAAACUCUAAAAGAAACAUAAAAUUUCAAUACCGUUGGUUGCAAAAAUAUGCAUGGCUGUGUUAUUCAGAAAAAUUAAAUGGUGCUUUUUGCAAAUAUUGUGUGGUGUUUGCCAAAGAUGGUGGAUUUGGAUCUCAAGCUUUAGGUGGCUUAGUAUUGACUCCAUAUCAAAACUGGAAGAAUGCUUUAGAAAAUUUUGAAAAUCAUAGUAAACGUGAAUAUCAUAAAACUUCUUUAUUAAAAGGUGAUUAUUUUUUAAAAACUUUUUCAAACAACAAGCCAGACAUCAUUGAGAUUUUAGACAAUGAAAGGUAUAUUUAUUAUUUUAUGUAA